AUCGCCAUUCGUCGCUCGCCCAGCGCCCGACCCUCUUCUGCUCCUCGAACGCCCUGCUAGAUACGAUGCUGGCCCCUCGAACCGUCCUGCUGGCGCUGACGGUCGCAUGCGGCGCGCUGGCGGACACCCCCGCCGCGAGCGACGUCCCCGGCUACUUCCUGAACAUGCUCAUGUGGAACGGCGAGGCGUCCGAGCGCUACCACGGGAGCCCCCUCGUGCCCGCCGUCCUGGCCGCGGCCUCCUCGACCGUCGCAGCGACGGCCUGCCCGGCGCCCUUCUUCCCAGUGAUGUCUCAGUGCUUCUGGACGAGCACCAGCUACAAGCUCUCCUGGGACGACGCCCGCAGCUUCUGCCAGCAGAUGGGCGGCGACCUGGCCGAGCCACUGUACCUCACCGCCCUCAUGGUCCACCUUCAGAAUCAUUAUCCGGCCGGCAAGGAGUUCCACCUGGGGGCGUCUGACCUCGAGAAGGAGGGCAACUGGACCUACCUGUCGGGCCGCCCCGUCGACCCGAGGGGCUGGAUGGCUGGCGAGCCCAACGACCCCGCCCACGAUCAGAACUGCCUCAAUUUCUGCUUCCAGGGUUGCAGGGCGUCCUACCCGCCCCUCAACGACCAGUACUGCCACCGUGAGAAGAACUUCGUGUGCGAGUUCUUCGUCGCUUAGGAAUAGGGGACACCUCGCGCACUCUGUCAGCACCUGUGGUCUGUCAGCUCUUUCGUUCUGUCAGCUCCUGUGGUCUGUCAGCUCCUGCGCUCUGUCAACACGUGUGGUCUGUCAGCUCUUUCAUUCUGUCAGCUCUUUCUUUCUGUCAGCUCCUUCGUUCUGUCAACUCCUGUGGUCUGUAAGCUCUCUCGUUCUGUCAGUUCCCUCGUCAGCUGAACUGUGCUGCGUCGAAAGCUAUAGGAAUACGAAGAAAGAACACACUAUGCUGACACUUUGGUGUAAUAUGUACACACAGCUGUUUCUAUGAACAUUCUGAACUGCCGCGUCUUUGUAUCAUUAAUCUGGAGGAUCAUAUUUUCUGGCGGUAGGUAGAUGUAAUAGAUAAAUUCAAAGAGAUCUUUUGAAAAUCAC